CGUACCUGUCCGGGGGUGAAUACCAGUUAGGUGGUGACGUCGACUAUUGGCUCGUUCGGGAGAAAUGUACAGGGAGCAAUGCGCCUAUCUCUGGCCUUAGGAGCCCCAAUUUUUUGGCUCGUGCAGGCACCGCGGGGGCCUAGGGAGGCAUGGUAAGCUGGCAGAUCAUCGACCAGCCCUGACCUGGUGCCUGAAAAUCUUCUUCGUAUGUUUCAAAGAACAACCUACUAGGAACACAAGCAAACGAGUGAACAAGAACUUUCGAUACAAUGUCAGUCGAAGAAUCAUCCACGAUCCAAGACGCGCAGUCGGAUUCUCUACGACCAAUUCACACCUACCAUUGCCUAUGUACCAGCGUCGUUCUCGCCACUACACAUGAACUCGAAACACUACCUCAUCGCGCCUCGCCUGUCCAGGACAACGCAUUGAUUCUUGCCCCUCCAGUCGAAGUCACUGUGUCCGAUGAUGAUUUACGGAAAAAUGUCAAACCAGCAUCCUCUUUCCUGGUGAACACCGUCCCGGACCGCAGACCUGUAAUUGUACGGCGGGAAGAUGGCUUUGAAAAGAGAAUGCUUCUUAGAUGUGGCAGAUGCAGGCUGGUCUUAGGAUACAAACUGGAUGAGGCACAUUUCGAGAAGUCGGCGCCAGAAGCCAGUCCAGUCUAUCUGCUACCCGGUGGCAUGCUUAGCACUAACGACAUGGCAAGCAAAAGAAAGGCACAAGUUCCUGCAUGGGCGGAGCGGAUAGGAGGAGAUUGAUACAACUCGAGUUGGAAAAGCGGCUUUUACUGAAUUUUGUCAUGUUCAUUCAAGAUACCCCCAAGCGAAGCACACAGGCGGAAAUACCUUCCAAUGCACUGGUGUGUAAUUCUCAAGCUUUCAAGACCUUCGCCGGCCAAAGCAUUUCACGCCAACAAAACCAUGCAUUGCUCCCUGCGCCCAGAAACCAUACGCUCGUAAUCAAGAUCACAACGCGGAGCCAUAACCCAGUGCAUUCAGUUCGCUAGGAUCGUCCGGACGAGUUCCAUGUAGUUGAUCUCUCCACUGCUGGUGUCGACGGCCUUCAAUAACUCAUCGACCUCUUCAUCGCUCAUCUUCUCGCCCAGAUUGGUAAGGAUGUAUCUUAACUGGCCCACUCCGAUGAAUCCAGUCAUGUCUUUGUCAAAAACUUGGAAUCCGCGACAGUACUCUUCGGGUUCGCCUGGGUCUCUGAAGC